AGGGGACCGCGGAGGCUUCGCUCCCUUGGUACUGCUAUAACCAAAGUUUAGUAGAAAAAGGAUCUACUUAUCGUGGCCCUCUUGACAUAGAAAGAGAUGUGGGGGGAUUCUCGAUCUGCUAACAGAACAGGACCUUUUCGUGGGAGCCAAGAAGAAAGGUUUGCUCCCGGGUGGAACAGGGAUUAUCCUCCUCCCCUUAAGAGUCAUGCUCAAGAGAGACACUCUGGCAACUAUCCUGGCAGAGAUUCACUUCCCUUUGAUUUCCAGGGGCAUUCGGGGCCUCCUUUUGCAAAUGUAGAGGAGCAUUCUUUCAGCUAUGGAGCUAGAGAUGGACCGCAUGGUGACUAUCGAGGAGGGGAGGGACAUGGACAUGAUUUCAGAGGGGGAGAUUUUUCAUCUUCUGAUUUCCAGAGCAGAGAUUCAUCACAUUUGGACUUCAGGGGUAGGGACAUACAUUCUGGGGAUUUUCGGGAUAGAGAAGGACCACCUAUGGACUAUAGGGGUGGAGAUGGUACUUCUGUGGAUUAUAGAGGUAGAGAGACAGUUCAUAUAAACUACAGAGAUAGGGAUGUUCACACCAUUGAUUUCAGAGGAAGGGAUGCUCCUCCAUCUGACUUCAGGGGUCGGGGCACUUAUGAUUUAGAUUUUAGAGGUCGGGAUGGAUCUCAUGCAGAAUUUAGGGGAAGAGAUUUAUCAGAUUUGGAUUUCAGGGCCAGAGAUCAGUCCCGUUCUGAUUUUAGGAGUAGAGAUGUAUCUGAUUUGGACUUCAGGGACAAGGACGGAACACAGGUGGACUUUAGAGGCCGAGGUUCAGGUACUACUGAUCUAGACUUUAGGGACAGGGGUACACCACAUUCAGAUUUCAGAGGUAGACAUCGGUCCAGGACUGAUCAGGAUUUUAGGGGCAGAGAGGUGGGACCUUGUAUGGAAUUUAAAGAUAGGGAGAUGCCCCCUGUGGAUCCAAGUGUUUUGGAUUACAAUCAGCCCUCUACACAAGAUAGAGAACACUCUGGGAUGAAUGUAAACAAGAGAGAAGAAUCUACACAUGACCACACGAUAGAAAGGCCUGCUUUUGGCAUUCAGAAAGGAGAAUUUGAGCGUUCAGAAACAAGAGAAGAAACACAAGGUAUAGCUUUUGAACAUGAGUCUCCAUCAGACUUUCAGAACAGCCAGAGUCCAAUUCAAGACCAAGACAAGUCACGGCUUUCUGGAGGUGAACAACAGAGUUCAGAUGCCGGUCUGUUUAAAGAAGAAGGUGGUCUGGACUUUCUUGGCCGGCAAGACACUGAUUAUAGAAGCAUGGAGUACUGUGAUGUGGAUCAUAGGCUGCCAGGAAACCAGAUAUUUGGCUAUGGCCCCAACAAGUCUUUUCCAGAGGGCAAAACUGCUCAAAGGGACCUUCAGGAUCAAGAUUACAGGACUGGCACAAGUGAGGAGAAACCCAGCAGGCUUAUUCGAUUAAGUGGGGUGCCUGAGAAUGCCACAAAAGAAGAGAUUCUCGAUGCCUUUCGGACUCCUGAUGGCAUGCCUGCAAAAGACUUGCAGUUGAAGGAGUGUAACACAGGUUACGACUAUGGCUAUGUCUGCGUGGAGUUUUCACUCUUGGAAGAUGCCAUCGGAUGCAUGGAGGCCAACCAGGGAACUCUAAUGAUCCAUGACAAAGAGGUCACUCUUGAGUAUGUACCAAGCCUGGAUAUUUGGUCCUGCAAACGAUGUAAGGCCAACACAGUGACAGAGGCCAAGCAAGAAUUAAUAACCUACCCUCAGCCUCAGAAAAUAUCCAUACUGGCACCAUCAGAAAAACAACCCAACCAGCCCCCAAGGCCAGGUGAUAAGGAACCUGAGCCCAGGAAGCGUGAAGAAGGACAAGAACCACGCUUGGGACAUCAAAAGAGAGAAUCAGAAAGGUACCUGCCUUCUUCUCGAAGGGAAGGACUCACUUUUCGAAGAGAUCGAGAGAAGGAGCCAUGGUCUGGAGAGACACGCCAAGAUGGGGAGAGCAAAACAAUCAUGCUGAAACGCAUCUAUCGUUCCACUCCCCCUGAGGUGAUCGUGGAAGUGCUGGAGCCCUAUGUCCACCUUACUACUGCCAACGUCCGUAUCAUCAAGAACAGAACUGGCCCUAUGGGCCACACCUAUGGCUUUAUUGACCUCGACUCCCAUGCAGAAGCUCUUCGUGUAGUGAAGAUCUUGCAGAACCUUGAUCCACCAUUUAGCAUUGAGGGGAAGAUGGUAGCUGUAAACCUGGCCACUGGAAAACGAAGAAAUGAUUCUGGGGACCACUCUGACCAUAUGCAUUACUAUCAGGGUAAAAAAUAUUUCCGAGAUAGGAGGGGAGGUAGCAGAAAUUCCGACUGGUCUUCAGAUACAAAUCGACAAGGACAACAGUCAUCAUCUGACUGCUACAUAUAUGAUUCCGCUACUGGCUACUAUUAUGACCCCUUGGCGGGAACUUAUUAUGACCCCAAUACCCAGCAAGAAGUCUAUGUGCCCCAGGACCCUGGGUCACCUAAGGAAGAAGAGAGCAAGGAAAAGAAACCCACCAGUCAAGGAAAGUCAAGUAGCAAGAAGGAACUAUCUAAAAAAGAUGGCAAGGAGAAAAAAGACAGAGUAACAAGG